AUGUUGGACAUAGCGUAUGAAUUGGUGGGACAAGCCACAUCAAACUCCCUUCUUAUGUUCUGUUUCUGCAACCUCAUCAUAGUCAUAAUCAUCACUGGAUCAUCAAAACCCGGUUCUACGGAUUCUCAAGAUUACACUUUUACUACCUCUGUGAGCUUUACUAUGUGCAGCAACGUUGCUUCCGAAGAUCAUGACUGCGGUGACGAAGAUGAUGAAGAGAUGAUUGACGUUGAUGUUUCAUCUGCACAAGAUGAGCCUCUGACCGAUGCCUCCAGCAUUUCUAAAGAGUACAAAGACAAAGAAAGCAUCCAGUGUUGUGAUGAUGAUGAGGAGGAGGAGGACGAGGAUGAGGAUGAGGAUGAUGAUGAUGAGAGUAAUGAGGCUGAUGUUGAAGAGGAGGAAGAAGAUGAUGAGUUAAGAAAGAGAGCAGAAGAGUUUAUAGCAAAAGUUAACAAUGAAUGGAAGUAUGAGAAGCUUAGGGCUUUGAAUUUAGUUUAUUGA